AUGUCGCACCUCCCAUCACCUCCUCCACAAGCUCCCCGCCGACCUCCCACCGCAUCGCCAACCCUGUUCACGUCCUCGUUCGCAACAACUAACACCACUUCCCGCCGCGGGCCGGCGGGCUCACUCCUUCGAAAGCCGUCGAAAUAUACCCCUCACCUCACCGACGGUAAAUCCACCGUCACGCCCCCUCGAGGCAUUCCCGCCCACGCCCACGCCCAAACUAUCUCAGCUUCCUCUCCAGAGUAUGAAUCAGACUCCAGCAUGUCGCUUAUGCACGCCACUGCUGGAUUAUUCACCCCAAAUACCCCUGAGAAAGAUCGGUAUGCCCGCCGUGCCAUUACACCACCUACGUCGCGCCUUCCGCAUCCUAAGAGAGGAAGAUCUGUCCCGCCGCCUGCUACGGUCACCGAGUCGAAUACAACUGCCCGAAGAGCCCACGAGAUCUCGUGCAACAAGCCCGCAGCAAGGAAUGCGGCUUCCGCAGCGUCCGUUUCCAAAUCAUCUCUGACGCCACAGACUCGAGGGGUCGCGGACGCAUAUCCUACGCCACCUGCUUCUGCCAACGGCGGGACGAAGGUGAAAGACGUGCUGAGUGGAGCGGGGAAGAAGAAGAGACCCCCGUUACCCGCACCAGCGCUGAGUUCCACGAAACUGGACGUCUACACCGACCCCGACGCUGCCGAUGCCAGCGAGACCGAGGACGCAGGUCGUCAACGAACACGAACGGAGACCACAUCCACGCUCGAUAUCUUCCAGAAGCUCGAGAAUAUAGCCUCGGAUGCUCGACGCGCCAUACGUAUCUCCCCUGAUGAUCCUCUUCACCGUCAUGAUGGUCCUUUACGCAUCCUCGCAGACGAUAACGCCGUCUUAGGAAGUAUUGAUGUUCGUCGGUCUCCUACGAUGAGGGCCCCAAAACGACCAGGUAGCGUUCUGGGAGACAGGUCGAAUAUCGCCGGGAGACCAGGUAUGCGCCGAAAUGGGUCAGUCAUGACGAGCAGCGCACUGGAGAAGGAGAACCGUCCUGAUCGCGCCGCCGCCGUACAACCUGUCCCGCCCGCAGCCAAAGGUCUGGAACUCCGUGGUCGAACCAGAACUUGUCCUGCCGCUGUCGAAGUAUCGAAGCCUAAUGCCGACAAUUCCACCGUCCCUUCUCUUUCCCCAAAUGAGGUGAAGCCCUCCGUCAAAGAACCGACGGGCCUCGUUGUUAGGAAAUCUAGGGCGCAGGCACCGCGGUUUAAUCUCGUUCCCGGCACCACGAGUAUUGCGGUCGUUCCGACAGCGAUGAGGGUGAUAUUGCAGGAGGUGGAGGCGUUCCAGAGGGAGUGGGUACAGAUGUUCGUUGAUAUGGAGCAUGAGAGCGAGGGUGGGAAAGAUGAGCCGUUACCGGAGGUGUCAGGAGAGAAUCAGGUUGGACAAGUCCGUGAGGGUGGUCGUGGUCGUGUUGGCAAAUAUAGCGACAGGUUCACCAUCGUGGCUAUGGACGAUGAACCCGAUUCAGACGAAGACUUUGGGAAUGUGACAUUCACGCUCGCCGACAUGCCCAUCGCAGACAUCGCUUCCUUGUCGACGAACUCCACGGUCAUGCAAGCGGCCCCUGCUUCGGCGGGUAUGUCUCUGGAUAUAGAGGACGAUACGGAAGGAGCCACGAGCGCCACGCCUACGAGUUUUUAUUCUGAGGACGCGCCGUCUAGCACGGAAGAUCCGGAAUUUCAAUCGCACUUCUCCGAUUCCUCAUCGGCUGAGAGUGGUCUCGCGAGGGUCGGAGACACCAUCGAAGAUCUUUCCAUGAAGACGAAGGAGCAGUUAGCGCAGGAGAAGGGCGAGCACGCUGGGCAAUCGAGCAAUCUGAUGCGUAAAGAUACGUUCAGGCGGGAGAACGAACGCCAUACUACUCUCCGAGCAUUAGAGCGCGGCCCUGUUACAGAGCUCGAGACGUUGCACAAGCCCAGACCAUCGACUGAUUCAGCGAUUGCGACUGACGAGUCGGGGCCUUCUCUAGAAGCUGUUGGUAAGAGGCCCGGCUUCAAGACGAGGUAUUCCAGCAGUCGAAUCGCGCCGCCGACCUAUAUACCCGAAGUCGAACCAGUCUCCGAAUCUGAGAUUAGCGCAAUCAAGGUCUCGGAUGCGACCACCAACGCCACAGCGCCUGCCUUAACGCCACACCCCGCACCCACUUCUAAUCCAACAAACCCCUCACAAACGGAUAAAUCCCGUAAAGGUCUAGGGUUCUUCCUCCCUAACCGCCGCUCAAUCAACUCCAUAUCCUUCCCGAAACCCAUCUCCAAUCCCAAUCCCAAUUCCGGCUCAGCCGGUCACACUCGUCCAGCCUCAAUUUCGUCCGUAGCGCCGUCCAUAGCGCCCUUGUCAUUCGCCCAUUCCGCGCCGAUGAACCAUAUCCUCGAGGUUGAUAUACCGAUGUCGGUGGAGGAAGAGCCGGCGAUUGUGGUUCCGUUGCCGCAGGCUAAGAGGGCCUCGAGGAGUUCGUUGCUUGGGAUGAAGAUCACGAGGGCGAGCGUGAGUGCUCGGGAACGCGAAGUCGCUGUACCAGAAGAGUCUACCGCCCCUCCUCAUUCGCAAGAACAACAAACCAAGCCCCAACUGCACCAGCACCAUCGCUCGGGCCCGGGACCAAACGUGGACGACCAAGAACGCGAGCACGAACGCGAACACGAACUCUCCCAACCCCUCCCAGGCCCUCAGAGCUUCAUGCACAUGGACGCCUCGCCCUCGUCCCCUUCAAGUCUGAAAGGAGGAUUCCGAGCAUUAUUCGGGAAGAGGGACUCGAAGUUAAGUUUCUCGCCCGCGAUGACGAAUUCGAGCGCCAGUCCUUCCACGUCUCCUGCGCUCGCUUCAGCUUCACGUCGCUCGCCCGCGCUUGUCUCGCCGGCACAGAGUCCGAGCUCGGCGACGAUCACCGCCACCGCUGCCGCAGCGAACGAACCACGAGCGAACGCGGGCGCGGGUACGAGGGCGACGAGCGUGAGGAACGGGAUCAUGGGUGCCAUGGGCGUACGUCUGGGUGGCGGUGGCUCCUCUCCUAAUCCCGGUCCCGGGGCCAAUCCUACCACGGGCGUAGGAUCAGGUCACAACGGAGGACCAGUGCGCGACGGAGGAGGAAACCCAACCCACCACCACUCCCUCUCCCCCCUCCCCCUCCUCAAAAACCUCGCGCAGACCGAAAAAGAUCGCGAGCGGGAGAGAAGAGAAAGGGCGGAAUCGUUGAAGACGUUGGUUAGUGGGCCGAAUCCGGCUCCGAGUCCGAGGGUGUUGAGCAUGAGCGCGCUCGGUGCUUCGGGGGCGGGGGGUCCGAUUCCGGUUCAUCAGCGUGUCGGUGGCGCCAGUACGAAUGCGAAUGCGAAUAUGAAUAGUCGAGGUGGAUUGGCGGGUGCUUAUGGUGGGGUGAGGGAUGGAUCGGGAUUAGGAUUGGGAGUUGUGGAUGAGAGGUCGGAUGGGUUGAGGGUACGGGGUGGGAGUGGGAAGGGGAUCGCGUCGGUGUCGAGUUUGAGUCUUAGUGCUGGGUACGCGUCUGGGUCGACGAUGGGCUUGGCGGCGAAUUCGAAGGGGUCGGAGAUGAGUAUGCGGGAGAGGUUGAAGGAGAGGAGGAGUGUGGCUGUGUUUGGGAGGAGGAAGACGGGGAGUGGGGUGGGGAUUAGUAGUAGUGAUGUUGGGAUGGGCUUGGGGCUGGGUGUCGGUGUCGGUGUGGGGAGUGGCGUUGGCGUUGGCGGUAUGAAGGCUGGGAAUGGGAACAAUAUGAGGGCGAAGAGCGGGAAUUUGAGGGGGAAAGGAGGGAGGAGCGGAGCGUUGACGGAUUAUGAGUAUGAGGUUUCGGAGAGCGAGGCUGAGAGUUCGUGGUGUGUGGAUAGGGAUCUGAGUAUUAGGAGCGGGGUGACGAUUCAGAAUGAUGGGAGGAGUUUUGGGGGGAGGGGGUGGAGCAGUAGGUAUGGUGGGCAUGAUGGUGUCAAUGGGAUGGUUGGGGUUGGGGUCAGAGUUGGGGAUGUGAGUACGGAUGUGGAGGGUGACGGUGGAGGUGAAGGCGAGAAGGGGAUGAGGGUGAGGAGGGUCCCGAGUGCGAGAAGGUUUUUCACGAAGUUUUCGUAA